ACUUCCUGGUUCCCGGGCUCGGCUUUGCCGGGAGCCUCCUGGAAGGGAAACAAUGGGGCGGAGGGCACUGCGGUAGCCGCCGCCACCGCCGCCGCGCCGGACCCUCUCGGCCUCCCGUGACUGGCCGCUGCCGCCGCCGCCGGGACCGCUUGGAGAACAGGAUAUGUAUUCCCCUGAGAAACCCUGGACAGCAGAUUUUGGGUUAAUACUGGAUUGGAACAACACACAGAGACGUUUGCAGUCAUGAAUUCGGACCAGGAUGUAGCACUCAAACUUGCUCAGGAACGAGCUGAAAUAGUUGCUAAAUAUGACAGAGGACGGGAAGGUGCAGAGAUCGAGCCCUGGGAAGAUGCCGAUUAUCUUGUUUACAAAGUCACUGAUAGAUUUGGCUUUUUACAUGAGGAAGAGCUCCCGUACCACAAUGCAGCGGCCGACCGGCAAAAGCAGCUGGAAAUCGAAAGGACUUCCAAGUGGCUGAAAAUGCUGAAAAGAUGGGAGAGGUACAAGAACACCGAGAAGUUUCAUCGACGAAUUUACAAAGGAAUUCCACUCCAGCUCCGAGGUGAAGUCUGGGCCCUGCUUCUUGAGAUCCCUAAAAUGAAAGAAGAAACAAGAGACCUUUAUAGUAAAUUAAAACACAGAGCACGGGGUUGUUCACCUGAUAUCAGACAGAUAGACCUUGACGUGAACCGCACAUUCAGGGACCACAUCAUGUUUAGAGACAGAUAUGGCGUUAAGCAACAGUCCUUAUUCCACGUCCUUGCUGCUUAUUCUAUCUACAAUACGGAAGUCGGCUACUGCCAAGGGAUGAGCCAGAUCACAGCCCUGCUCCUUAUGUACAUGAAUGAGGAAGACGCCUUCUGGGCCCUGGUGAAGCUCUUCUCAGGCCCCAAGCAUGCUCUGCACGGUUUUUUUGUCCAAGGCUUUCCUAAACUCUUGAGAUUUCAAGAACAUCAUGAGAAAAUUCUGAACAAAUUUUUGUCCAAACUUAAGCAGCACUUGGAUUCUCAAGAAAUCUACACAAGUUUUUACACAAUGAAAUGGUUUUUUCAGUGUUUCCUUGACCGAACUCCCUUCAGGCUGAACCUCAGAAUAUGGGACAUCUAUAUCUUUGAAGGAGAGCGAGUUCUUACUGCCAUGUCUUACACAAUCUUGAAACUACACAAAAAACAUCUAAUGAAGUUGUCUAUGGAAGAACUUGUAGAAUUUCUUCAGGAGACUCUCGCCAAGGAUUUUUUCUUCGAGGAUGAUUUUGUGAUAGAGCAACUUCAGGUUUCUAUGGCAGAGCUAAAGCGGGCAAAGUUAGAUCUCCCAGAACCUGGUAAGGAGGAUGAAUAUCCAAAGAAACCCUUGGGGCAGCUUCCACCUGAGUCUAACUCUGCUUGUAUUAAUCAUUUGAGCAAUGGACAAAGAAGUGUUGGCAGGCCCAGCCCCAAAAUAAGCAGCAGGAAAGAAGAUGGACCGCCUCACAAGAAACAGGAGCAUUCUCCUGCCCAUCACCGCAGAAAUGGCACACCAGAAAAAGUCGGGCAAUCAAGACGUAAGUCCGUGGAUGAGGAUAGUAAAAAUCUGAAGCCUGAGGGAGAUUUUCAGAGAAAACCUUCCCCUGGUAUACAGGACAGUUCCAGGCACUAUAACCAUGCAGCUGCUAACCAAAAUAGCAAUGCAAUUUCAAACAUCAGGAAGGAAUUUAUGCCCAAAUGGAGAAAACCAUCAGAUGCCUCAGCUAUUGAAAGAACUGCUAAAUAUGCCAUUGAAGACAAAAGUCACUCAGCGCUUCCCGCUCUUCCCGUCAGCAUCCCAAGUUCUGCUGAGACCCGAUGGUCAAACUCAAGGCAAAAGAUGAAGGCUUUUGAUGGGGGAGAUGGGAAGCGGGGUUCCAAUGCUUCCCAGUAUGACAACGUGCCUGGGGGUGAGGGAGAGCAUGGUGCGUCUGCGGAAGAGGGACUGGAGCGGACUCACCCUCACAGCCCCAGGAAGCACCCUGAGCCAAGUCCCAACAAGUUUACAUUUAAAGUGCAGCCUCCCGGCCAUGCCCGAUACCCAUCCCAGCUAGAAGAAGAGGGCCUCAGAGCUGCGUAUCCACCCUCCUACAGCAACCCCCCUGGCUACCGUGGGAAUUCUCCAAAACACGUCCCUGCUGCCCACAGUGGCUUUGUGCCCGCACAGAUCAGCCCCGGGCCUCAAAUUAAUUCUUCCAGGAGACCUUACGGUUCCUCUCUUUCAGUUGACACUUCUCCAGAGAAAGCUUACGGCCGUCCAUCUCCUAUUGUUCUGCCCUCUAGUCGAAUUGAAGUCCUUCCCAUUGACAUUGGUGCCAGGGGGUACGGCAGUUCAGGGUCACCAAAGAAUGGAAAGUUCAUCCUUCCUCCAGUGGACUAUCUGCCAGAGAACAGAAAAUGGUCAGAAGUUAGUUAUACAUACAGACCCGAGAUGCAUGGUCAGUCAUGGACUCAGGAUGCUAACCGUAGCCACUUAAGCAAUUUACCAAAAUACGCAGCCUUUCAGCACAUACCUUUUCAGGACCAUGGCCUUCCAGAAGUGUCUGUAGACAGUCCAGUGAGGUAUAAGACUUCACCAGCUGUGGAAGCUGCCAGUCCUCCUGGGUACCCAUAUGCAGGACCCCCCACUUCGGCACAUCACUACAGAAAUCGAGAGGGACUUUCUGUUCAAGAAUCAGUGUUGCUGUGAUGGUGUGGCUGUACUCACUGACAAGAGAAUAGAACCCAUAUGAUGCCCACAUUGCUAUGUUUAUAAUUGCCAAAGCAGUAUUUUUUGUAUUGUGAACACUUGCGCAGCUCAGUGUGUGUCAGUGAUGAGGGUAUGGGAAUGCGUCGUCCUGUGCAGAGGCUGCUGAAGAAGAGGGAGGCGGUGCAUCCUGGCUGAACCUUUAUAAUAGAGUAGCCUGGAACCAGCAAUAGCAUUCAGGGCUGCACACAAGCGAGGUUCUCUAUGCUGCUCCCUAGACCCGCUGUGUUCUGACCACUGCUAGACAGCAUGAGACACUGUAGAGCAGACACUCUGAGGGCUGCCCCUCGCCUUUGAAUAGAUGAGGAAGCACCUGUGCAUAUACAUGUUAGUUUUUAAAACCACCUUUAAUCUAGAUCUAUGGAAUAACAGUGGGUUUUUUUUUACCCCUUUCUGCCCACCCUGCCCCAACAUAUUUUAACCCAGGUUCUAAACUGAAACUGACUAAAAUUUGUCCUGACUUUAUGAAUCCAGCUCCUUAUGGAGUGUCAUUCUCCUAAAAUUGCUGCCAUUUUGUCUCCUCCUGAAAGUUAAAGGCUUCAGAGAAAGUCUCACCACUCGAUGGUGCCUAAACCUGAGUCAGUUAGCCGGCUACACAACUUCACCCUGUCCCCUCAUCUCCAAGUGUCUCGGUGCUGCUGUGCCCUGGGCUCUGGCCAGGUGCGAGGGACUGGCUGCAGAGCAAGCUGGAAGUCAGACCUCGAAGUGCCCUAGGCAGUAGAAGGUUGCUUUUCACAGUCCUUGGAAAGCAGCUUUAACCAUAAAGGAAGGCUGCUUCUCACUCUGCUUCCGGUUCUAGGUUUUCGCAGGCCCCAGGGGACCAUUCACACAGUCUUUUCUACCACUCAGUCUUCAUAGAGUACAGUGGAUGGAUACUGCUACACUUACUGGGCCAUUCCAUUAUCCCUGUCAAAACUGGGAAAAGUACCCUAAUGAUUAAUAACCAUCUAGAAUUUUGAUCUUUGUAAAAAAAAAAAAGGGGGGGGGGAGGUAGUUUCAUAGUUUUGGAUUUUAUUUUUCAGUGAAAAAUAAUUGUAGUUCGUGGGUUUUUUUUUUUUUAAAAUUCCUUUUAUGCUGUCACACACUACUGUCACCAAGACACUGACAAAGUGCCGGGUUCUCAAAGAGCAAUGGCUGUGUCUGUGUGAAUGCUGGUCCACCGUUACCCUAUCGUAUCUGAAUAUAAGAAGCUAGAAAGUCCAACAGUGGCGCCCCCCGCUGCUUCAUGAUGGGGACCUAAGCUUUUGAAGUACAAGAAUAUGUCUUCAUGAAAGUAACAGUGUUUAUCUAGCAAACGUGACAAUAUUUUUAUGUAUAUAAUGAUUCUAAUGUAAUUUAAUUAACAUGGUAAUGAUGUUAUUAAGUGUGGAAGCAAAUGCAGUAUAUUAAAGGUGAACACCACACUGAAACUCCCAACUCCUGACAGAAUAACCAGGCUCUUGAUUUAGGUCAUGUGGAAGGUGAGAAAUAAAUGUAUAUAGACAAGUAUAUUGAGGAUAUUAAUUUCAGUUCUUAAAGUAUGACCUGUGACUCAUAAGGAACCAAGCUGUACAGUUUAGCUCAUGAUUGCAGCGUCUAUGUCUCUUCAGAAAGUAUAAAUCAUAGUGGUAAAUAAUGUAGAUUAUAUAUAUAUAUAUGCAAUAUAUAUGGACACACUAUUUUCUUAUGUCAUCUAUGGCAUUUUUUAUCUGUAUACUUUUUGAUGUGAUUGUUUUUAACAUGCUAAAAGUAAUCUGU